AUGAGUUACGAAAUGUCAAAAGAAAUUUUCAGCUGGCGACGACUGUAAAAAAUAAAAGUUGCUUUUAGCGUUAAUAAAAUUGUGUUGUGAUUAUAUUUAAUAAUAGUUUGUUGAUAGAUCAAAUUUUUUUGCAGUUAAUUUUAGAUUAUUAUAAAUAUAAAAGAGUAUGAUAACUUUAACCAGAAAACUGAAGAAAGAGAGUACACAGAGAAAUGAGCCUUCUUCAACCACAAAUGAUUAUUCCACGGGUUCUUCUUCCCUUUCCACGACAAAAAGAAUUUCAAUAAGGGAUCAACUUUUAGUUAAAGAUAUACAAGAAAUGGAGCAAAACAUGCCUUGUACAUGCCGUGUUGAAUUUAGUGAUCCAGACAUAUUAAGUGAAUUUACCCUCACAGUGUGCCCCGAUGAAGGAUUUUGGCAAGGUGGAAAAUUUAGAUUUGAUGUUGUCGUUACAGAGGAAUAUAAUAUAGCUCCUCCUAUAGUUAAAUGUGCAACAAAGCUUUGGCAUCCAAAUAUAACUGUUGAAGGUGAUGUUUGUUUAUCCCUGCUCCGACAAAAUUCAAUUGAUGGAUUAGGUUGGGCACCAACACGAACACUCAAAGAUGUAAUAUGGGGCCUAAAUUCACUAUUUACGGAUCUCUUAAAUUUUGAAGAUCCUCUUAAUACCGAUGCAGCAAAAAUGUAUAGCAAGGACAAAAAUGAAUUUGAAAAUAAAGUGAGGGAUUACUUAAAUCGUUUUGCUAGAAGAUAAUAUUUCACUUCACUUAUGGUUUUAAGAUUGUUUAUCAUAUUCAUAAGAGAAAGGUGUGAACAACUGAAAUAAGGCAAGACAUAAACAUGGAUGUGACAUUCAUUAUAUUAACAUUUCUGUAACUAAAGAUAAUGUGAUUUUAUCAUGGGAAUGUAGCGAUGAUUUUAUAAGUAUUUGUAAAAGCUAAGUGUUUGUAAAAUGUUGAUCUCUAUAUGAGAUUAAAAUAAAGAUUAAA